AUGAAGGCGCGGAAGAUGGAUGGAUCGCCGCAGGCCACUUGCUGUGUGGGAAGACGAAGCCCAGGCCUCCGCUCAGGGCCGGAGCUCCGGGUGCCCCGUGAGAAAGCCGGCGGGGCCUCAGGGGAGGUGAUGGGCCGGGUGCUGCCUGCCAGCCAGGGAGCACAGGACGUUCCUUCGCGGGACAGCGCGUCCCUCUGGGUGGGCAGCCUCUCCGCGACGGGGCCUCUGCCAUGCGGAGGCCGCACGCCAUCAGUGUUCCCUCAGGUGCCGUCUGCGAGGAGAGGAGGCUGCUGCCUUUGUCCCCUCGCCCUCCCCUGCCCUCCGCCCCGCCGCCCCCACCUGCAGCCCUGA